UUCAAUGUUCUCUCUUUGAUCCCAACUUCGCACUAUUUACUGGCAUUUAUCGUGAUAUGGGUAGCUUAUCUCUACAAUUUCCUAAACAUUCAUUUCUUCCGAGACUUGUUCUCUGGAUUUCGCGGUGCUCCCGUUUCCUUGACCUCUCACCCUUCCUCCCCUAUUUACAACGACGUCGUUUCCAAGUGCCGGAUCCUUCACGACAGGUAUUUAGCGACGCCAUGGUUAUCAAGUCCUCAUUUUCAGACUGUUUUCCUGAAUUUCUUCGGGAAUCCUCCAGUUUUCAGCUACAACAAACAACUUUUUUAUGCUUCCGAUGGUGGAACAAUAGCUUUAGAUUGGCUAACAAGUUCUGAUGGCACCUCUGAGAUGAAUAAUGCCAUCUCGAAUGAUGACACAACUCUAGUGGUGGUUGUCAUUCUUGGCUUAACAAGUGAUUCUGCUUCUGCAUAUAUUAAGCACCUUGCAUUUGGAAUGGCAAAACAUGGAUGGGACGUUGUUGUUAGCAACCACCGAGGACUGGGUGGUGUUUCAAUUACCUCUGAUUGCUUUUAUAAUGUUGGCUGGACAGAGGAUGUAUGAGUAGUCAUUGAUUAUCUCCAUCAUCAGCACCCAAAGGCUUCUUUAUAUGCUAUUGGAACUAGCAUUGGUGCCAACAUUCUGGUAAAAUAUCUUGGAGAGGAUAGAGAAAAGGUUCCUUUAGCUGGUGCAGUAGUUAUUUGCUCCCCAUGGGACCUUUUGAUUGGUGACAGGUUUAUAUGCCGCAGGCUGGUGCAGAAGUUAUAUGAUAGAGCCCUUACAAUUGGCCUUCAAGGUUAUGCAAAACUGCAUGAGCCUCGUUAUUCUCGGCUAGCUAAUUGGGAAGGCAUAAAAAAGUCACGUUCUGUUCGAGAUUUUGACAACUUCGCUAAAUGCCUUGUGGGAAAAUUUGAGACUGUAGAUACAUACUAUAGGCAUUGUAGCAGCUCUUCCUAUGUGCAAAAUGUUUCAGUACCAUUGCUCUGUAUCAGUGCUCUAGAUGAUCCUGUCUGUACCAGGGAAGCCAUUCCUUGGGAUGAAUGCAGGGCAAAUAAAAAUAUCGUAUUGGCCACCCCACAACAUGGAGGACAUCUUGCAUUUUUUGAGGGAAUAACUGCAUCUAGCCUGUGGUGGGUAAGGGCUACUAAUGAAUUUCUUAGUCUCCUACACUCUAGUCCACAUCUGCAUCUCCAGAAGACAGAGAAUUCUGACUUGCAGCUUUCAUUGGGAUCAUCAAUCGAUGAGGGUCCAUAUGUAAAUGUUACAGAAAAUGGAAUGGUGGCUGCAGUUGGUAAUGAGCAUAUAAGAAAUAACAUAGUUGAAGACUUAGCUGGAUUAAGGAAGAUUCAUAACCAAGAGUGUGAUAAAAUGAUUUCAGCAUCAGAACAGAACAAGCACCUGACUGAAACGAUGUCUGAUGUUGUGCCAAGUGCUGAUAAAAUGGUUUCAGCAUCAGAAGAGAAUGAGCAUCUAGCUGAAGCAAUGUCUGAUUUUGUGCCCGGUGCUGCUCAAGUUUCUGGACAAUCUUCAAACUUGCAGGGCGUCAAUUCUUUUGAUGUGAUUGCUCAUGUGAAAAGAUGUUUGAAUGAUCUUUCCCGUCAAAACAGAAAUUCAAUGUGGUUGCUGGCUUACAUUGCCAUUAUUACAAGUUGGCCAUUAGUAGGUUCAGCUUUCCGCAUUUUUUCCAGGAAGAAACUCAGAAACGUUUCACCUGCAGCUUUGCGUAGAAGGUAAACUACUGCUGCUAGUGUCGUAUUUUGUAUAUGUUUAAUGUGUCAUUAUUCAAUUCUAAAAAUGUGCAUGGCUGCCUGCUGAAAAUAUCUGUUUUCUGAUGGCAAUUGUGAACUAAAUACUGAACAACA